UCAACCAAAACCAAACACUAAUCAAUAAAUUUUUAUAUGGCUUCAAGAAAACCAAAGGCCAAACCGGCUAAUCGCCAAUCUGUGAGGCACCCUAGCCACAACCAUCCGUUGCGUGUCUUUAAAGCCAAAGAAGAGGAUGAGGCCGCAUGCUCUGGCUGCGAGCUCGAGCUGAUCGGGCAAGCUUUCAAGUGUAUAGAGUCAGACUGCGAUUACUUCUUACACAAGUCAUGUUUCGACCUUCCUAGUGAGACUCAUCACAAGUCUCACCAGGACCACCCUCUGACCUUGCUCCAUUCCCCACCAGAUGAACGGUCCGUCUACACAUGUGACGCGUGUGACCAAUACGGAUCUGGAUUCACUUACCAUUGCUCAAACUGCAACUACAAUCUUCAUGUGGGAUGUACCUUCAUCCCUGAGACCAUAGAUCGUGAAGACCAUGAACAUCCACUCACUCUACUGUAUUGCACACCAUGUAAAGGUCAUGAAGACACGAUCUUCACUUGCAGUGUUUGUGAAGAAACUAUUUCAGAAGAUCUAUGGAUGUAUUACUGCAAGGAAUGUGACUAUGGAACACAUGUACAUUCAUGUGCCACAUACGAAGAUCAAGAAUCUGAUGAAGAGGAAGAAGAAGAAGAUCAAGACGAAGACGAAGGAGGAGAAGCGAGUUCUCCAGCUUCUAGGAUAAAGUCGUUGAUGAAGGCGCGAGACGAGAUGGCAGCUAUGCAGCUAGAGGCACGUAUUGAGAAUGAUGCAAGGAAUGCUGCGCUUGAUCUAUGGGAUGACCCAAAACGCAGAUAUUAUUGGUGAUCAGGGAUGAAUAUAUUUUAUGAAGAUGUGUGAUUGUUUCCUUCUUUGCUAAAUCUGGUAUCCGGAAUAAAGAAACAAUAGUUAUACUCUUUCUAUUGUUUGCCCACAAAAAUAUAUAUAUAUAUACUCUUUCUAUUUC